AUGGUGCAUGCGCAUGCACAUGCACACCGUGACCGGGUGGCCAGCCUGAAGGGACGAAGCCCGGAUGAUGGCCAAGGGGUGACCGUGGUUUAUGUGACUAUGAGUCCGGAUUUUGAUGGCCCUGUCGGAGGCUACGUGACAGGGAGCAAGACCUCAAACAACAGCAAGAACACAGCCGGUUUUGGUGUUGGCGCUCCCGUCCAGCAGACAAGGUCGUCUUCGACAGACGAGACCAAGACCACCGAGGCAGCAACGACACAUACCAAGGCAGAGACACAUACUGCAACCACCAAGUCUACCGAAACAGAGCCUACUACGACGCAGCAGCCAACGACAACAGGUCAGACAACCGAGGCUACCCGGGCUACUCAGGUGUCAAGUACAGAUGAGGAGUCUGCAUCCUCUACUAGGACUACCUUUCAAACCAGCACUUCGUCUUCCAAAUCUUCAACGUCUUCCAUGUCAUAUUCCACAUCAUCUGGUUCAUCAACCACAUCUUCACAGAGCAAUCUCGGACUGGAGAAUGCCGCUAUCACCGGUUCAUCUUCAACCAAAUCUUCUACUUCUGCAUCUGCAACCGCAGUUGCCGGAUCAGGUGGACUCUCUGGAGGUGCAAAGGCAGGAAUUGCGAUUGGCGUUAUCUUGGGGGUUGGUUUGAUUGCAGUGCUGAUCUUCCUUUUGAUGCGCAAGAAGAAACAAGGAGAGGAAGAGCUUGCGGCGAAUGAAGCCGAUGAUGAGAAGUACUGGGGCUCAGAUAUCGUUGCGCCACCACCCCCUCCAAAACCCGAGCCUGUGACUUCCCCCAAUCCCCCGCAAUUGAAUGUCCGUCCAAUUACCCAGUUUGCACCGUUCGAAUCCGAGUUUAGCUCCAGUGAUGGGUUCAUGGGCCUCUCCACGAUUGGCGAAGACGCAACUAUUGCCUCAGGUGCAACCGGUACACGCAGUCUGACUGGUAAUCCAUCGCCUCCUCAUUCACCUCAGUCAAGUAGUGCGAGCUCAAACCCGUUCAAUGAUCCAGUGGAUCCAUUCAAUAACCCGUCUGAGGUCCCCUCGCCUUCUACAACCCCCAAUUCCAUUACUCAGUCGGCACGCAUUCCGGAAGAACUUGCUGUUUCCGAGUCCGCUCCUGAAGCGAUCCUAAAUAACGGGACAGUGACAACUGGGGUUGCAGCCGGCGCUACAGCCGCAGCAGUUGCAGUUUCAGACGCCCCAGACAAAGAUCUGCCCAACCGUCCUGAAAGUUCCACGUCUCAUGCUGCCUCCGAGUCCGAUCCUUUCGGUCAUGGUCCAGUGAGCCCCGUUAGCCCCGUUAAUACCAAUACGGCACCAGUUCCCACUGCUCCUGCUGUUGCUGCUGUUCCACUGGUUGCGCCAGCGGGUCCGGGUUUAGCUCCAUCUAAUGUGCACCGCGUGCACAUGGAUUUCAUUCCUUCAAUGGCGGACGAGAUGGAGCUGCGUGCUGGUGAUAUUGUCAGACUGUUGCACGAGUAUGACGACGGAUGGGCUCUUUGCAUUCGGAUGGAUCGCUCUCAACAAGGUGUUGUCCCUCGUUCGUGUCUUUCGUCUCGUCCUUUGAAGCCCCGGCCUGGUCCGCCUCCAGGUGCUAUGCCUGGGCCACGUGGGCCGCCAAUGAUGGGUCCAAAUGGCCCCAUGCCGCCUGGGCCCAUGGCACAGACGCCGCGCUUCUAUCCUCAGGAGGCUCGGCCGCACUCCCCUGCACGUCCCAUGUCUCCAGCUUACUCUGGUUACUCCGGCCCUCCGCAACCGCAUCCUUAUCAGCGUCCUAUGACUCCGGCACAGUAUUCCCAAGCUCAAAGGCCCUUCUCUCCGGGACCAGGUCCAGUGGUCCCUAGGUCCUUGAGUCCUGGACCUUAUGGACACCCGGGAUUUCAGCGUCCAGAAAUGCCAACCAGUCAACGAAUGCGUAGCAAUAGUACGGGUGGUGUGAACGCUCGAAUGGCAGGGCCUGCCGGUCCGAGUCCUCUCGGAGCUCCCAUGAAGGCAAUGGCCAUGCAUCCAGCAGCGAUCCCUGCACCAGUUUCGGCAACAAUUGAGACAGUCACCCCAGAGACCUUCCACAAGUAG